CUGUAGACCUUGCUCACUACUGUUAAGCGCCAACUUCGGCAUCGAACCUUACCAACCCUGCCAACGUCAAGUUUCGAUUAUUAAACUGUGGUCAUUUCAUUCUUGUAUUUUAGUUGGCUGUUAUCGACCACUCUCCUUAUUAAAGCUAUAAUGAGUUGUCCGAUUUGUGAAAAUCGUCAACUUAUAGAAGAUGAAAACACUGGACAGUUGAUUUGUUCAGAAUGUGGAACUGCAACAGGUGUUUAUAGAGGGGUUACCCAAUCCCAGGAUUUCUCUGAAACCCGCGGAUUACGAGUGAUUCAAAAGACUGAACUUAUAGGUAGUCAAUCCAACCAGGCAGCUACAGAUAACAUAACGGACACAUCGAGAUUUGUAAAAGUUGAGUCGGAUAGCACACAUGACCAAAAUAUGAAUUUUGUUUGUCGUGAAGACCUGUUGAACACAUUAGAUGAUGAUCUCUUCAGCGCGAAUGAGGUGAGCUUCACUAAUCCUAUGCAGAAAGAAAAGUGCUUUGAAAGCCAUCGUCCUUGGCGGUUAUCUGAACCUUUCACUUUCAUAAUGAGACGUCAAGCAAAUUGUUUGGCUAAAGAAUUAAAUCUUUCUGUGGAACAAAAAGUAUCAUUUUGUGAUACUGUUUGGAACAUAUGGCUCCACUAUUUGUCUAUCACUGGCGAACUUGGCUCUGAUGCUUGGGUAAAUGCAGCUCUUUUAUUGGCAAAGUCGCUUAGUGAAGUACUUGAAAGCAAGAUGAUUCCAGAAGAAGAGAAGCCUACUAAUAAAAUAUUACGGAAACACAAAACAUCGGAUCACUGUUAUAUGAUUACCCAGCGUGAACACGAAUGGGAGCUCAUAAAAACUCGUCUAAGUCAAUUUCAGUGGGUUGGUUGGGGUCUAUUGUAUGAACCAGGGGAAGGUCGGGAAAUAACUAAUAUCCUACAUUUGUCUCGAAAAAAAAAGGCAUCGAAAAAAGUUGACAAAAGUAAAAAAUCUAAACGACGUGGACGUAAACGGAAAGACUGUAGUGAGUCUGACUCAUCAGAAUCCGUUUUGUCUGAUAAAAAUCCUGAUGACGAUGCUCAAUCCGUUCAUUCAUCUGAUUUGAGAAACCCAGAUGUUCACGAUUCGGACCUGUCCUAUCAACCUAAAGCUGUGGAAUCGGAAUUAUUCCCUAAUAAUGAUUGGACACAAGAAAUACCACCACAGCAUUUCGCCAAACAACUAUCUCAGUCACGACCGAUAGGUCAUUUACUUUGGCGUGGUCAAAUUGAGGGUGGUUUUCACUGUCGUGUGUUAAUGGAGUAUAAUGUGGCUAUUUUGUUUAUCGCUUGUUUAACUACUUGUCCUGUACGAAACGCAGUCAAUCCAUUAUUUUCUUCACAUUUUAUAAAUCCAGAUUUCCCAAAUAAUCCAUGUGCACUUACUACAAUGAUUACUUUAAAAGAUUUACAAGACCUAUGCAUUAAUAAUCGUUUACCUUUCAUAUCUGUUCAAAGUUUAUUUCCUCCAGGGGCCUUUUGCAUUCGUGAUCAGAGUCUACUAAGUUUAAUCCGACGUCAUAGACCUCCGGAAAUCAAUCAUUUAGCGUAUGCAACUGCUCGGAUGCGCGAAUUUAUUGGGUUGAAUCAUUUCCCAAAAUAUCCGCUGAGCUGGUUGGUGCAUCGUCAUAUAACCGCUCUAGGUCUUCCGGUGGUAAUGCAUGAAUUUGUACGACCUUUGUUAGAGAGACUACAGCAGGAAUGUAUUCCUGUUGGUAAAUAUAUAUACCGCUCUUUGUUAAGCUCAAUCCCCUGGCCCAGGGUCGUUCGACCGGAAGUGUUUGCAAUGGCAUUAGUUGUUAUACUGUUACGUCUUGUAUUCAAAUUCGAUGAUACCUUUGAACAUCGACUUAGUUCUGUCGCUAAAGCUCUGGAGUUAUUUCCCAAUCGUCCAGUUAAAAGUGGUCAAACGUCGGACAUCUCAUUAUACGAUCGACCUUUUGUCUGGAUUUCAUGGGUGCAAUAUAUCGACUCAAGAUUUCAUCCAUCUCACAAACUUAAUUUACAUUUGUUGAAAAGUGAUCAAAAUCCAUAUAGUAAUGCUCGAGUUCAUGAAUCUAAUCAACCAUUAGUCAUGACUGCUAAUCAAGGAUCUGAGCUACUCAACUUAGAUAAAGCUUCUGAUUUCUUAGGUUCAACUGAAUUCAAAAUUGGUCGUGAUAUUGGUUGGAAUGAGAAGAGUAUGAAAAAAAUUAAAAUAGCUGAUGCUUCAGUAAAAUUGUUACUAUCUCAACCAUUGCGUAAUCUAUUCGAACCAUGUCAAGUGGUUGAUUUGACUGGUUCAACUUUAACUACUCAAAAUCAAUGUACGCAUCAUCAACAAAUGGUGGUCGGUAAUUCUACAUCUGAUUCCAGUACUAACAGUAAAAAAACCACAACUUACAAAAGUUUACUACUUUCAAAUUGCGAACAAGAUGGUUUACUAAGCCCAUUUCUCAAUACACAGUUAAACUUUUUGUAUAACGAAGAUAUUAAUGUCGAUGAUUAUAUUCCAAAUUCUUUCAAUGAUCAUCAAACAUUGACCGAUUCAUGCGGAUUUAAUGAAUGCACUAUAAGAGAGUGGUGGUCAGAUUUGAUAAAUCAACGAUCUGAUUACUACUCGAUUUGUAUCGGAGAAUGGUCUUCAAAUUCUUCCAGCAAAUCUCAGUGGAAAAAUCGUAAUCGUAGCAAACAGCCACUUAUUUUACCAAAACCAGUAGAAGAAUUCAUUGCUAAACAUGAUGAAAGUUUAUCCAGAGCGCUUGGUCAUGAUGAAUUAGUUCAUGCCAAACAGAAAGACAAGGAUAAUUCUCUAACGGAAGAAUCCAACAAUCUCAAUGCUUCUCAGAUCUUAGAAGCUGAGGAACCUGUAUGUUUACAUUGUUCUGACCCUAGCCGAAGCAUGAAGUGGCUAGUCGACAUCUGUGCAAUGAUUUGUGGAGCGUCCAAUAUUAAAUCACUACUCACUGAAAUUGAAUGUCUAGAACGCUUGCUUAAGUGGCAUGCGAAAGCUUCAUGUUCACACUCAGUUUCAGGAAAUGAUCCACGUCAAGUUGAUUAUGCACUUUUGUCAUUUUUUGAUUUGAAUGUAGAUAUUUGUGAAGUAUCACGAAAUCUGUAGAUUAGUUACUCUUUUUAUAUCUUUUUUCUGAUGUGUCGUUCUCAAAUUAAUUUGUACAGAGAUAUCAAUGAUUUAUAUUUUACUUAUUUUAUCAACCGAGCCUGAACUAGUUGUGUAUUUGCGGUAGUAAAUCUGUUUUUCAUUGAAUUGCAUAGUAUAGAGAAAAAAUCUUAACGUACAUAGACUUAAUGAGUUGAGGUUCACGAUAGAUGUAAGGUUUUGUAAUUGCGCUUUAAGAUAUAGCGAUAGUUUUCCGUUUGGUAUUAUGGGAAGCCGUUAUGAAGUUUG